UUUGCAAGUACAAAGCUAAAAGACCAUGAAGACGAACGUCAGCAGCAUUUCUUGCUUCUGCAGUUUGAAAUGAACUCUUAUAAGUUACUAGUAUAGUGCUCGAGUGCAAGAACUUCUCCUCGCAGAAGUGUUCUGGUCUGAGAAGCCCUGCUGAACGCGAAGCGCAUUCAGCCCAAGACACCGUGCACUCUGAGCUCACCUCUUUCCUCAGUUUUACAUUGUGCUGCUCCUAAGAACUCCUAAGAUUCCUAAGACAGGCGACACAGUUUGUUUGUGAGCUCCUCACUCCCUUCCUUCCCCGGAACAGCUGUAACAAUUCUUGACAGUCGGCCAUGGAUUCUGUGUUUUCCUCGGUGUUGUCCUCAUUCAAUACCGCAGUUACACCAGAUCGUGACUGCUUGUCUUUAAUUGUGCGUUAUCUGGCAAACGCCGAAGACCAUCCGGGAGAGGAGAAGUAUCGACAGAUUCGGAAAGGUAAUGCACGCUUCAAUUCUGUUGUAUGGAGUCGCGAGGAAGGCAGAAGUUUGAUGCUACUGGCUGGGUUUGAGGAAGAAGGUGAUUUUGUCAAGCUCCCACUUUCAGCCAGUUGUGCUGUGGGCCUGGAAAGCGUGCGUGCAGCAUUGGGAUCGACUGCUACCAGUGGCGGCAGCGCUACAUCCGCUGCUGCUGUUGCUGCCGCUUCGGCCAGCACAGGCAUUGCCGGUAGCGGUGCACCUGCAGCCGCCACUGCACGGCCAACACCAGCGGGAACACUGCGUCUGUCAAAAGACGUCUUGCACCAGCAGGGAUCAUCUGGUUUCGUCCCGCCAAACAUGGAGCUGCUUCAAACGCUGACUCAGUGUGGUUUUGAGCUUGAUUCAGGCAAGGCUGCCUUGUCAGCCACCCACAACCGUAGCAUAGGAGCUGCCAUCGACUGGUUGCAAGCGCACCCCAACUGGAGACAGGAAUUCCAAGCUGGCCCGAAUGCGUCUCAUGGGUCAUGCCCUGUUCUGGCUAACGCUACUGCAGCUGCCGGUGCUCCACACCAGGCGCCCGCAGCAACCCAGGGACAAUCCAGUGCGGCGACUGCUACUAGCACUGAGGAGUCAUCGUCCGUCUACAUUCCAACAAAGUUUCAAGAAGCACUGGACAAGCGGCACGAGAGGGCCGAGCAGAAGAAGCGUGAUGACCUGCAGAAUGCCAGAAAAGAGAAAGUAGCCAAACUCAAAGCCAAGCGUGACUUACAAGACCAGAUGGAGCUGGAGAAGAAACAUCGCGCCGCGAAAAACGCUGAGCGAAUGGAGCAAAUCUUCCGCUCGCAAGGCAGAACACAGGACAUGCCGAGCACUCGUGGGAUGAUGUCAUCAUUCACGGCAGGUGGAUCGGUGGCAUCCAAUGGCACUCAUUCCAGCACAGCCACCGCCUUGAGUUCAAGUGCAGCAGGCUCAGCGGCUGGUCAGUGUACUCUGAGGAUCCGCUACCAGGAUGGCCAGAGUGAAAUGUUGCGGCUCACCGCCGAGGAUACGGUUGGCUGUGUAUAUGAGCAUGCAAGCACGAAGCUUGGUAUGCCAGCGACGUCACUGCUUCUCGUGGCACUGCACAAUCGCUCCAAGCUUGAAGAUCAUGCUGCUACUCUUGUCUCAGCAGGGCUCACACCACAGGGAGUUAUCACGGUGAGCUCGGCCGGGGCUGGCCAAAUGAAGCAAGGCGGUGGGAAAGUGGUGAGCCUUCAUGCCGUCACAUCCCUGGCUGAGUGGGGCACACUAGUAGGACAGCAUGUACUGUACAUUGUACUAUUCCACAGGCGGGGUGAUGCUUACUCAGAGCGUGCACUGCAAGACGUGCAGGAGGUGUGUGCGGAGAUGAUGCAAGAAGGCUCUCUGUUCAGCCAGGCCACCCAUCCCACGCCGAAAUUCCUCUCCGUCGACUUUGAUGAUCUCCGCGUAAUAGCCCAGAAAUACAAUGUAGUACAGGUGCCGGUCAUACUGCCUAUCGUAGUGCGUAGAGUAAGGCGUAGAGGUAUUUCUGGCGGACCUGAUGUUAAUAUGAAGGAAAAGCUCUUGACGCAGAUGCGAGAUUGGACGGCUGGUCUCCGUCAUCAGCAGCAUGCUCCACAACACCAUGAUGAUGAUGAUGAGGAGGAUGAUGAUGACGACACUGACAGCGACAAUGGUGAAGAUAAUGAGGCGGUCAUGGAUGUGGAGGACGAGGAGGGCGACAGCAGCAGCAGUGGUGCUGAGGACUCUGAGAAUGACGAUGAUGACAACGAUGAGGACAUGUAAGACCAGUUCUUCCCUCACUCAUGCAUUGCAAUUAUCACACCACCAUCAUGCCCACACUCAACUCAUAGUCAACAGUAAUCAUCAUCUUCUUUCUUUUAAAAUGGGAAAAGAACAUAACAUUUACAUGAGCACCAUGCUAAAUCAUCUGAUCUGACCCUGCUGUGAUUACCAAUCUACAUCACUUGCAUCUGCAUGCUUUCUUUUGAUGUUAAAAAAACUCUCUAAAAAGGAAAGGAAUAGAAUAGGUGGGGUGAGAAUAUCACCGAAACGGUUCGGAGAAGAACUGUUUUCUGUUUAUGCAAUGCCGGUUCUGUCUGCUGUAGUUUUUCUUCCAAGUUUCUUUUCUAUACUUACUGUGUCUAUUGAGUGCUUUUCUCACUGGGUUGCUAUCUCGUAUUAGCUGCUAGCAGCACUUAGCCCGACGUACAUAUUUAUCCUGAAGCAAAGAUCAAGCGUGCGGACUAUUA